GCGGUUAUCAAAGCGUUGAACACGUGCACAUUGCGUGACUGUUUUGGUUCCAUGCCGUAUCGUUUUAUCAUUGGCAGAUGAUUACAAACAGUGUUACUGUUGCAGUGUACUCGUAACUGCGGUAGCGGGAUCUAGCUACUGUCCACAAUGGCCCCCAGCACGCCCAACCCCGCCAAGAUGCUGCUGCGCAAUGAGAUUUCCUCGCGCAUCGCAGCGCUGUCAGCUGACGAGAAAAAAAGGCAAUCUAGGGUAGUCUAUGAAAAGGUUAUCAACCACCCCUGGUACAAGUCGUCGAAACGGAUCGCGCUGUACAUGAGCACAGAGCAGGAGGUGGACACCUCGCCGCUGCUGCAGCACGCUAAGGCCAAGGGGACCGCCUUCGUGCCUCAGUAUGCUGGAGGGCACAUGAAGAUGCUGCGAGUGGAAGCAGGAGACGAAGCCGGCAUGGACGUCACCAAGCACGGGAUUGCUCAGCACAAGAAGGAUGCCGACAGGGAAGACGCCUUGGAGUCAGGUGGCUUGGAUCUCAUAAUCGCUCCAGGGUUGGCGUUCAGCAGAUCCGGAAGCCGUCUCGGGCACGGCGGCGGUUACUAUGAUCGGUACCUCGCCAGGGUUAGGAGCAACCCUGACAGCGCUCCCAAGGUUGUGGCUUUGGCUUUUAACUGCCAAGUUGUAGAAGAAGUUCCCGUUGACGAGAACGACCAAAAAGUAGAUGAAGUCAUUGCUGCUGAUUGAAAUGCUCUUACUCGUAAUAGACAUAAUCAGGCAUCGUAAACUGCGAGCGAAAUCCAUUGAAAUG